GUACUUACCACAACGCAUUAUUGAGGUUAUAUGCGUGCGUCUUGUAAGCAAAAUAAUAAACUAAACACGAAAGUAAUCAGUAUUCGAAUACAAAUAACGAUUGACGAUCAACAUUCAACAACAUUUUCUCUGGCUCAAUUUCAUUAACUAGCGUUGAGGGACGACAAACGAUACCUUCCACUGAUUUGUACCAUAAGUGAAAUGGAAGGAAAGAAACAAAUUGAUUUAAAAAAAGAAUUUGGUCAUUAUGCUACCAAAUACAAAAGUUUAAACCCGUUCAAUGAAAUAGACUCAAAAAAACUACUCAAAGAAAGAUACAAACAAAACUUGGAUGAUUCCAAACCUUUGGAAGAUGAAGAACCAACUAAAACAGUCACGGUGGACUUAUUCAAACAAAUUCCAUUGCUUGAAGAUAUAGAUUUGACUAAGUCAGAUCCUUUGUGUAAUAUGCCAAAACUAUCUGAAAAAGAAGCUGUGCGUAGAGUGAGGAAUAAAUUCAUACGGCUACAAUUGUUAUACGCACAAGAAUACAGAUAUUUGUUAUUUAAGUAUCGAGUAAAACGUCGAGAAUACUUAAUUAAUAAAAAAUGUGAUUCUGAAUCAUAUGGACAACUAAAUAAAUCAAAAUGGACUAAUGAUGAAGAAUAUGCAAAAUUUCGUAAACUAAAACUAUUGGAACACUAUCAAAAAAUGACAAUAGGACAAGAAGCAGUAGUAUUUAAAACGGCAAUGGAUAGAAAAAUAAGAGCAACUUCAUUACUUAACAAUAAGGGAAAAUCACAUCCCCCACAUUGUACAUAUGUAGAAAUGGGUAUAAAAUGCACAGGAAAAAUGAUACCAAAAAGUAAAUAUUGUAAGAAACAUAUCCUCAAAGAUCCAAAGCAAAUUUUAUUCAGAGCUUGCAAUGUUCUUCAAAGUGAUAAUCAAUGCCAAGAGCCUAUUGUAAAUUUUGAUACUAAAUCUACAUGUGUUUUACAUGAAAAAUUGCCAAUGCUUCGAGAUUAAAUAUUUAUG